CUUAAACUAGAUAAACAGCAGAACGCUUGCUAGCAGCGACGCUGACAAAUACGGGCAAGAUAUGUCUCAAAGAUCUAGCUAGCUAGCUAUGCGUUUUAAACUAUGCAUAUUACUGUCCCGUCAAAAUACUGAAUCAUUUAGUUAUCGAGUGUACAUUUAGCUAAAUAGCUAAACGCUAAUUUACUGUCUGAGCAAUGUCUGCCAGACAGUGAAGAGAUUUGCCUUAAUAGUUAACGUUAGCUUGUCUGCUUAUGCUUUAGCCAGCUACAGCUUGCCACAAUGCUUUUUGAUGAUGGCUUCAACUUCCACAGCUGACAUAAAAGUGUGGCAUGAGGGCGACAGAUGCCUCGCUCCCAGCCCCAGAGAUGGCACCCUACUACGAGAGGGGACAAUCCAGAAACUCCCUUACACUUCUCAAGGUGAGGACAUGGCACUGGUGAAGUUCACAGAUCAACAUCAUGAAGAUGAAGAAGAGGAGGCAGUCUUUCCAGUCUGUAAACUCCAGAGACCAGACACAAACCAGUCGUCCACCAGUGUAGUCUCUGCCCAGGAGAAGCCUCUAUUCCUCUGCAGCCAGACACCCCCCGGUCCAUCAGAGCCCUUGGUGUUGUCACAGAGUGGUGUGGCAGUCCCAUACACCAUCAACAGGUACCUGAGGUACUACCAGAAGGAAGGGAUCCAGUUCAUCUAUGACAACUAUGCCCAGUCCAGAGGAUGUAUCCUGGGAGAUGACAUGGGCCUGGGCAAGACCAUUCAGGUCAUUGGUUUCCUGGCUGCUGUGCUGGGUAAAACAGGGACAUGGGAAGACAUUGAGAACAACAGGCCUCAGUUUCUUCUCACUCAGAUACCCACACAGCGAAGCAAAACCCGAAAGGUCCUGUGUAGGUGUUGUAAUGUUAUCCAGGGUUGUGCCCAGGUGUUCCUGAUUGUGGCCCCUCUGUCGGUGCUGUACAACUGGAAAGAGGAGCUGGAGACGUGGGGUCACUUCCUGACCGUGGUGGUCCACGGUCUGAGGAAAGAGGAGGAGCUGGCUCGCAUCCGGAGGGGACGCUCUGAGAUCGCCCUCACCACGUACGAGACCCUACGCCUCUGUCUGGAGCAGUUUAACAGCAUUGACUGGUCUGCUGUGAUAGUGGACGAGGCCCACAAGAUCAAGAACCCUAACUCUCAGAUCACUGGGGCAAUGAAGGAGCUGAGGUGUCUGGUCAGAGUGGGCCUCACUGGCACAAUCCUGCAGAACAACCUGGACGAGCUCUGGUGUGUCAUGGACUGGGCCAACCCUCGUUGCCUUGGCAGCCUGGGUAACUUCAAGAAUAUGUUUUCGGACCCCAUCGAACUGGGGCAGAAGCACAGCGUAACUAAGCGGGCGCUAGCGACAGGCAGGAGGGCGGCCCGGGCCCUGGCUGGGAAGCUCUCCCAUUGGUUUCUCCGGAGGACCAAGGCUCUUAUCAGAGAGCAGCUGCCCAAAAAAGACGACCGGGUGGUGUACUGUUCGCUGACGUCGUUCCAGCAGACUGUGUACCAGGCGGUACUGGACACGGAGGACGUCACCCUGCUCUUGCGCUCCUCAGAGAAGUGCGACUGUCACAGUGGACGCUCCCGCAGGAAGUGCUGCUACAAGGUGAAUGCUCGGGGUGUGCGUGUGACAGACCUGUACUUCAGUUACUUGGCCAUUCUCAGGAAGGUGGCCAACCACGUGGCUUUACUGCAGUCCAAGGGGAACACCAGCAAAAAGCAGGAGCAGUAUGUGAAUGAGAUCUGUGAGAAGGUGUUCCAGAAGUUCCCUGACUUCACAGAGAAAUGCAAGCAGGCAGCAUUUGAGGCCAUGUCAGACCCCAUGUACAGCGGAAAGAUGAAGGUUCUACAGAAGUUGUUGAAACAUUACAUGCAGAGAAAAGACAAAGUACUAUUAUUCUCCCUCUCCACUAAGCUGCUGGACGUGCUGGAGAGCUACUGCAUGGCAGAUGGGCUGGAGUAUAGCAGACUGGAUGGCAACACCAAGUCCAGAGAGAGGCUGAAGAUCGUCAAAGAGUUCAACAGCUGCCCUGACAUCAACCUCUGCCUGGUCUCCACCAUGGCAGGGGGUCUGGGCCUGAACUUUGUGGGGGCCAACAUUGUGGUCCUGUUUGAUCCCACCUGGAACCCUGCCAAUGACCUGCAGGCAAUUGACAGGGCAUAUCGUAUAGGCCAGUGCAGGGACGUGACAGUGUUCAGACUCAUCUCUCUGGGAACAGUGGAGGAGGUCAUCUACCUGCGCCAGGUCUACAAACAGCAGUUGCAGUCUUUAGUGAUGGGUAAGGAGAGUGCCCGGCGGUACUUUGAUGCAGUGCAGGGGCCCGACGGCCAGAAGGGGGAGCUGUUUGGGAUACAGAACCUCUUCAGGCUGCAGACCCAGGGGACCUGCCUCACCAGGAGAAUACUGGAGCGGGAGGGACGAGUGGAGGUGGGAGUAAUGACGGCCAGCACCCACACAGGGGAAGAGGAGGAGAGGAAGAGCGAGAGCGAGGCUGGGGAGGUUUCCGCAAGGGACCACUGUGAACUGGGCAACGGAGGGGCGAUCGGCAGUGUAGGGGCCUCGAGGAUCCCCAGGGGAACAACCAGGGGGGUACUGGACUUCAGCAGUGGCAGUGAGGAAGAGGGGGGACGGGGGGGCAGGAGUAAGGUGGAGAAGGGGAACACUACCCUUCCUGGCCGACUCAGUCUCCUACAGCAUGGCUUCUCUAGGUUGCUCCAGAGGUCAGGGGUCAGGGCUGGGUCAGAAUCAGGGAAGCAUAGCCAGAGUGAGGGGGGAAGGAGUGAUUCUGAGGAUGACAGUGAUGAAGACACUUCUGCCGUGGCACCAAAGGGCCUCAGCACCGCAGGAAGUGGGGGCCCCCAGACCCCUACAUUGGCCCCCAAGGGUGGGAACCACCUGGAUGCAGCUCCUCUGAAGAACGACUGGGACGUCUCCAGUGGCUCUGAGAGAGAGGGAGAAAGGAAUGGGGGGAGAGGGGAUGGACAGAGGGGGCGAGACCAUGAUCCUGUUACACUGUCAGGAGAGAGUGAUGACAUGGGGAGAAAAAUACCAAAUCUGAAACGAGGAAUAAGGAGGAAGAGGCGGGUGGAGGAGGACAGUGAUGAUGAUUCACCCCCCUCCGGCGGAGGCAAACGAUCUAACACUAAAACUCCAGUUUCCAGAAUGCACCAGGUGGUGUUUGACUCUGAGUCUGAGGAUAUUGACAUAAACAUUGAGGAGCUAAUCAGACCUUGUGCACAAACUCAUGUGCUUAAGAGACCCACAGCACACCUGAGAAGGAGGGAGAUGGGGAGAGCUGGUGGUAGUAAGAGAGAGACCAGCAACAGACCAGUAGACCAGAGUAGAAGAACCAGACAGGCAGAGGACAUUGAGACUUUUACCUCCUCAGACGAAAACCACACUCCAGUCGAAAGAGUCCGAUCUGUAACAGCUCCACAGAACCACAAUCAUGGCCCAGACCCACAGACAGACCAACACGGAGCGGGGGCGUUUACAGGUCUGAAAAACCCAAAAGCGAACGAGACUGUCCCGUCUGCCAAAGGACCGCCCUGUGGAACAAUUGACAAUGUGUUAGGUGGUGUACGGGAGGUGGUUUACACCCACUCUAACCAACAUGUGGUGGGCGGGAGCAAGGCCGAAGAGCGAAUCAGCAGAGCCGCUCUCAGAGACGUGUUUGAGCGCAGGAGGUUCUCCCAGCUUCCAGCCAAUGAACUCCGGGACACACAGGAGACCCAGCCUGAACACACUCCACCAUUCCAUACUUCCCAUAAUGAUGUUGGUUGGGUGGGAGCAGUGCACAGACCCAGUGUGGACCACCCAGUCACACACACCAUCAGGAGCGUCCACCACCCCACCCAACACACCACCGUCAUUAUUGGAGAGACCCCCAGAACCAUCCGAAGGCAGCAGCUGGAGGAGAUGGCGUGUGUAUUUGGAUCCGGUUCAUUGAGACAGUUUGCUGAGGAGGUUCUGAGGCGUACCUCUGCCCAGAGACUGGCUCAGCUACGACAGUACUACACUGACCAGGGCCCUGAGGUGGCUUCCAUCAUCAGGGAGAACUUCGCAGAACCACACACAGCCCAGCCCAAAGUUGACAGGACAGCCUCAAAGCCUUCCUCCUCCUCUACAACCAAACACAGACCCAGCUCCAAAAGGAACCAGAGAGUUGCUCUAGAACCCCAAGCAGCACCUAGAACCCCACAUAGGUCCGUUCCAGAACCCCAGAGGGAUGAUCCCUCUUCUGAGGAGCAGAGGGUCCGGAACACCAGAGGAGGGAAGAAGAAGAAGAGUGGUAAUAGUGGAAUGUCCAGAGCUGCUCAGUGCUCCAGCUCAGACCUGGACAGUAGUAGGAGUAGUCCUCUGGGACCAGGGGCCUCUGGAGCUCAACCCGUUUCCUCCUCCUCUUCUUCAGCUCUCAUCCAUUCCCAGGCUAAGCCCACAGCCAGCCCUCAGAAAGGGAGGAGCAGCCUGCUGUCCUCCCCCAGGAAGAGUGAGGCUGUGAGGAGGCAGCGGUACAGAGCUCAGCCUUCCUCUCCCCCCAACCAGCAGGUCCUCCUCACAGAGCUGCUAGGAGACACCUCCAUCCUGGACGACCUGCUGCGACCCAGAAGCAAGGCCUCCUCAGACACUCAGAGGGGCUUCCCAAAAACCCCUACCUCACGGGCUGUCUUUACACCCACUUCUCACUCUGCCACACCUGCCUCCUGUCACCCUACAACGCCUCCCAAACCGCCCAGCACACCCCACCCUCGGCCCCUGACAAAACCCGUCCCAGGCCCUUCUUCUACUACUACUCCCCCCUCUCGAUCCGUCACCACACCCCUCACACACCCCAUUACGCCACUUUUCUCUCUAGCCCCUGAGAGGUCAAAGAACAGCCACAGAGACUUCUGGGACAUUUUGGAGGAGGGUAACGAGGAUAGGAUCAACAAACUGACGGACCUGUCGGAGGUAGAGCGGGUGUGCGAGAGUGCUAGCGUCAGGGCCAGAGGAGGAACAGGGGGAGGAGAGGAGAAAGGGAAUACGUCACUCUGGAAGAGGAACGACAAGUUCCUGUGGAAGAAGUGAUUCUGGGGGAGACAUGACGACAUGCAAAUGUAUUUUGCGUUCGACUUUUAUUAUUCUUAUGCUUUAAAAAAAAAAAAAUGAAAAAUGUAAUCGUUUUGGUUACUGUAACCUAUCAUGAAAUUAUAGAUAGAUAAAUACAUGUGUGUAAGUCAACCAUGUAGACAAACCAUGUGUGUGCGUGCUCAUGUAUGUUUGUGCAGUAUGGAAAUGUACAUUGUAAUUCCGAAAGUUAAUGCCAUUGUGCCAUUGACAUGGGCCAGACACGUUCUGACUGUGUCAGUGGUGGUAACCCAAGUUUCCUGCUGAACUAAUUAGUGACCACCAGCCUGAGAAUCUCAUGUCUGGCCACUUACAUGGCCGGACCCUUGGUGGUCCUAAUAAGAAUCUCCCAUUUAAAUUAGACACUACCUGUCAUUUCGAGCCCCCCCCCCCCCCUUGUUCACUCACACUCUGUCUCUUUAUCUGUGUUUCUGUCUUCCGCAAGGCUUUGACUAGUUUUCCUAUAUAUUCUUUCUCAGUAGACGGUGUGUACGGGAAGUGGGCCAGGGGCUGUUUGGGGGCAGGGCCUGUGGUGGGGGCAUGUCUGAACGCUCCUUCCCACAUCAGUACUCUGCAAAAUGACAGGCUGUGGUUGGGCUCAGCUCUGCUUCUAAUGGCCUCAGAGUGGAGGCCGCUGCUGCACCAUUAGAGCAUUAAAGAGGUAAAAGGGAGGCUGAGAAAAGAGCUGCCCCCCCCCCCCCCCCCCAUUACCCUCAUCCCACCACAGGCACCCUAUUCCCUAUAUAGCGUACUAGUUUUAACCAUCACCCAUAGGCACUAUAUAGGGAACAGGGUGCCAUUUUGAAUGGGCCCACAAACCAUCAGACUGAUGCUUCCCUUCACCUCACAGGCUGUCAUCCACUGACUAUUGCAGAUGUGCAGUGUAGUUGUGCACCUACAGUCUUUUGCAUAUAGAGAACCAGUAGGAUUUGGAUGUGCCCCAUCUGUGGGUCCUGGCCCACCAUUUUGGGGACCGCUGCUGUAUACCAUCUCUGAUAGUUACUGUAUAGGUGUGUGUGUGUGUGUGAGAGAGAGAGAAAGCCACGCAGCUGUUUGACCUCUCAGCUGAGGUAGGCAGAGCCCCUAAGGGUGCAGCUCUGUUAAUGUGUUUUGUUUAGCUGAAAUGAGAAAGUGCGGAUAGCUAUCAAUAAACAACAAGACUAAUACGUGCCUCAACAGAACACUGCUCCGCUGCCAAAGCUGUGUGUGUAGCCCUUCUGGGUGGUAGAUGGUGCACACAGACAGGCCCACACAUCUGCCACGCCUGUUCAAAUCCGAGACUGAGGUGAAUAAAAAAAGCCCUUUCUAUAUCUCUUUCCUCCUCAAACUCACGCCACGAACAGAUUCCCAUCUACCUCCCCUCCCCUCUUUGCUCGGUCUGGUUCAAGUGCAAUGACAGUCAGGCUUAAGGUUUUAGAAAUGUACAAAUGCACUAAAUGAUUGUAAAGAAUUGGACACCUCUACAGUACAUCAUGCCCCAAUGAUUCCCAAUGUUGUCCUGUAUAAAAGCCAUCUUAAAGGAUUGCAGCUCUUCAGCGACGUGAGAAACGCAAACCGAGUGCUGCUCUGUCCUCUGGAUGGAUGACAAUAAAUAAAAACAGGUGGAACAUGUUUAGCAAGAGGCACUGAGGACUAAAAGACACAAGUACAAGAGUCAAAGAGUUGUGUGGGUUCACUGGAUUAUGGGUCCACUUGUGUCUACCAUCUUUUCACUCUGUUUUGCUGUAUUUUGUUCCCUAUUUCGGGCAUCACUUUUGACCAAAAAUGGACUGCUGGCUUUUUCUAAAUUCCCCAUUAGGGUCUUUUCUCUGUGUCAUGGCGGUGAGAGGACUUUCUGGAUUCCACUGUCACAAUUACCCAAGUGUCUGUCCAUCCAUCUGGCUGGCUGGGUUUACUUGCAGAAGGUCAGGGAGAGACAGACAGAGCGUGUGGUUUGAUUGGUGAAAGAUAGGCCAAUGGAGGCCUUUCCUCUCAGGCUUCUACAGAGAUAGAAACGACAAGUAACUGCCAAAAUAAAGGAAACACUUGAGUAAAUGGGGGAUGCAAAGUAUAUUGAAAGCAGGUGCUUCCACACAGGUUUAGUUCCUGAGUUAAUUAAGCAAUUAACAUCCCAUCAUGCUUAGGGUCAUGUAUAAAAAUGCACAGUUGCCCAUUAUUUUGGCUACCAUGGCUGGAAGAAGAGAUCUCAGUGACUUUGAACGUGGGGUCUCAAAGGAGCAUAGGAGGUUUAACGGGUGUGUGUGUGUCAAUCACCAGAUCUCAACCCAGUUGAAAACUUGUUGGAAAUUCUGGAGUGGCGCAGGAGACCGUGUUUUCCAACACCAACGCCAAAUGAUGGAAUUUCUUGUGGAAGAAUGGUGUCGAAUUCUCCAAUAGAGCUCCAGACGCUUGUAGAAUCUAUACCAAGGUGCAUUGAAGCAGUUCUGGCGCCUCGUGGUGGCCCAACGCCCUAUUAAGACACUUUAUGUUGGUGUUUGUUUUAUUUUGGCAGUUACCUGUCCGUCUGCUGUAUUGGCGCUCGCAGCUCUUCAUGAGGAACUAAGAAUUUGAGAAAAGAAGGCGAUGGUAACCUUGGCAGAAUGUGGUAUUUUUUGCCCCUCUGUAGCAUUGUUUUCAUUUAAUGUAUUUUGCAUGUGGAUGUAUAAGUCAUUUAAAUAAUGCAUCAGCUGCUAUUAGCCCCCCCCCCCCCAAAGAAGAAAAAAUAUUCCUGAAAUCGUCUGUCCAUCCAACCAUUCCUCCCUUCUCAUUAUUGUCGGGUUCAUUCAGCGAUUUCAGUUAUUUUCCCUUAUCUCCUCACCCACUUACAUUUCCCUCCUUAUGCCUCCCUUUCUCAGUCCUCUAUAUCUUUUUGCUUGACAUAGUGUUUACCAUCUUCUCCCUUCCCUUUUUGGUUGAAUGUUACUCAAAAUCAUGUGUGUCUGUGUGUGUGUAAGUGUCUAUUCUAUACUAUAGUGUUACUGUGUAUGUACUACGUUUAGUACUACUAAACUCUAAAAACGUCCCUUUUUCAGGACCCCGUCUUCCAAAGAUAAUUUGUAAAAUUCCACAAACUUCACAGAUCUUCAUUGUAAAGGGUUUAAACACUGUUUCCCAUGCUUGUUCAAUGAACCAUAAACAAUUAAUGAACAUGCA